UUUUCAAAGUCGACAUAUCGUUGUUAUUGAUUCUACAGCAUAUUUUAAUUCAUAACUUAAAUGGAUUUAUUUCGUCAGAAUUUUCGGACGUGAAUAGCCUCAUUUUAGUUAAGUAUUUGCUUCAGAAAGCAUCUAAAACAUCGAUAAAACUCGAUCAAGAAAUUGCAUGAAUGAUAGGAGAGGUUUAAAAAUAUUUUGAUAUAAACUACGUCAGCUUUAUAAAUUUCGUUCCACUCAACCUUGAAGUUUUCCAUGUAAACUUUUCAAAACCAAUCAUUUGUGAUUCAAUCCAACAGCUUAUCUUUGAUCUUUUUUUAAUCCAAGAUGUAUUUUAUAGAGCUGCUGACGACAAAUAGUAUUAUUCUCUUUAAUAUCAGGUAAUAAAGCUCAACUUUAAAAGGUUAAAUGUCAUUCUGUCAAUCAAUAGAUAAGAAAGUUAAAUACCAAUGAAUAGUGAAAUCAAUAAUACUUUUAGGUGAUUAAAUUGAGUAAAGCAAAAGCCAGUCAAUAACUGAAUUAGGACACAUUUGUCCCUUGAUAAUGGUGUAUCCACCAAUCACUAGAGAAUCGACGAAUCGAUCAUCAGUAGAAGCUUUGAAUUUUUAUCAAACUCAAUCAACUGCUCCUUCAAUCCUACUUCACCAACCACAAUUAUAUACUCCAUAUAAUCCUGUUUAUACAUGUGCCCAAGCAAAUUUAACUCAACAGUAUAUUUAUACCAAUACUCGAAGAAGUCCUGCUUCUAGUUCUGUCACUUUACGCGGACAAGACUCAUUACGAAAUAUCAAGAAUCCUAAAUGGUUUCCUAAAUCUCAUGGAAUCCGUAUUAAAGACUAUCCCACUAAUAGCCAGCAUCCCUUGUCAUACACUCAACCACCCUUAGUUCUUUACGAUCCUGUACAUCAUUUAUCUCCGGCUCCAUCAGUCCCUUUAACGCCCGUUUAUUUCAAUCAAGCGGCUUCUUUUCACCCCAACUCAUAUCUUACUGAACCAUAUGCAAGCGUACAUCCUAAUUUAAUUCCUCAGUCUUUUUAUAAACCAUCUGAAGUACAAACAUUUUGUUUGAUACCAGAUCAAUCUCAAAAUCAGUUCUCAAGCCAAAAAGCAAUUCAACAAACUUAUUAUAAUAUUCCAGGAAGUCUUACUCUUCAAAAUGUCAAGCUUGGUUUUCAUUCCAGCUCAGUAGCUUAUCCAACAAAUACAGGAGUACAAGAAGAGAAGUUUGUUCCUGUGGUAUCUAAUCAAUUAUUCUCUAACUCCGUGGUUUCAAGUUCGAACUUAAACUCUAGUUUAAGUGAUAAACUAUCUCUACAAGAGAACCAAUCAAAUAAAAGUUCCGAAGAAAUUGCUUUACAAACUGAAAGACGACUUCCUUAUACAGAAAAUUUUGCUGAAGUAAAUCAAAGUGACUUUAAUUCUUUAAAGCUCAAGCCUGAUCCGUUAAAAAAUAUCCAGAGUCUUCGAGAAGAAAAAUACUCUGAUGAAUUUUCUUGUUUUGAUUUUACGAUUGAAGCUGAAAAAAUGGUUUCUGCUUUAUGUAACACAUCUUUUCAUGAAUUGGAAAAGGAUGAAGAAAAAUGUGAAGAAGAAAACCAUCAUAAUAGUAACAUAAAAAUUGAAAAUGAAGUAGAAGUAGGAAAAGAAAAUCAUGAUGAAGAAGCAGAAGAAAAUGAUGAAAAUUCAUUUACUUCUCCUGAAAAAACGGAUCAAAAAUGCACUGAAAAUAUACAUAAAAAUUUUAAUCCUUGGCAUUUAGAAUUAUUAAAAAAAGAACCAACAAUUUCUACUACGUCUGUUGGUACACAAACUCUAGAUUUUCUUUUAGAUGAAUCUCAAUAUCCUGAAUUAAUAAGAAAAACUAUAAAUUAUGGUUGUAAUGAAGCAGAGAAAAUUCUAAAAAAUAAUUCUUUUUCGAUUACUAGACAGAAUUGGUUGAAUAAUUUAUCUUCAGGAACAAAAAUAGCUUGUGCAAAAUCAUCCACUUGUUUUCCAGUAUUCCUAGGAGACGAAAUUUUCUCUCAAGAUUUAAUUAAUGCACUAAUGAGAAUCAGUAAUGGGUGGUUGAUUUUGGAUCAUUAUUUUAACAAGCAGCAUCAACCUAGUUUAGGUUAUAAAUUUGAUCGUGCUUUAGUAAAAUCAUUGAAACACUGGGAAAUAUCAACCAAUGAUCUUCUCAAACGUGUCAUCAAAACUUUCAUCCAAUUAGGAAGUAAUCUUAAUCAAGAUGAUAGCUUUAACUCACUUAAGAAUUCAAAUAGUUUAAGUUCAUCAUUUCCUGGUGAUGUUUGCCUUUAUGUAAAUUUUGGGCUUUUCGGAGAGUCUCUUGGAAAGUUUCAACCUUCCCAAAUACCUCUAACAAAGACUCAAACUGUUGACCGUAAUCUAUUUUGUAGUAGCAAUUUAGUAGACGAUAAUCAAGAACAAAAACAGUGGUUGGAAAAGGAAAGUAAAUCAAAAACUAAAUGGACAAUUACUGAACAGUCUCAGCCAAAUUUAUUUCAAAAAUUUUUUGCUGAUAAAUCGGAGUGGAAGAUGUUUUCUAGAGCACCUUCACAGCGCACAGUACAGUAUGAUUUUUUUCUUUCUCAUCCUGAGGAAAACGUUAAUAGAGAAAAAUUAUCAGGGCCAUUUUUUGAAUUUAAACGUACUAAUGAACAUUAUCCAAGUAUACCAAAAUAUUCUAAUGCAGUAAAUUUCACUUCAAACAUAAACUCUAACUUCUCCACAAAUGUUGGCGGAUCAAUACCAUCGAUUCUUUCAACUGAUAAACAUCAGCCAUUUUGGAAUUCAUAUUUCAAUCAAACUUCUUACAAUAAUUUUUCUUAUAAUGAUUCUAAUAAUUUGUCCAAUUUGAAAAACAAAAUGACGUUACUAAGUCAAAUUGAAACAAAAAAUACUAAAAUGCAAAAAUCAAACGCUGUUGAAGGAGAAACGAUUAAUUUAUCUGCUUGGUUUGCCAGUAUGAGGAAUAAACGAGUAUCUAACAUUGAAAUUAGCUCAUCAACUAGAAAUUCUACAAAUUGGUGGGAGGCUACCAGUAAUGUUUCAGUAAAAACUAAAGAAUCAUUAAAAAAUAAUGAAGAGCAUAUUGGGUCCUCUAAAAAUGAAAUUAAUCGUCAAAUUCAAACGUUGAAAAAUAUGAGAACGAUUCAAACUGCACCAUGGAUUGCAAAUCAGUUAAUAAAUAAUAAGAAAGAUUUAAAAAAUCCUCAUGAAGAGAAUGAUAGUGCUGAGGAUGCUAGAGUGUAUAUGAAACCAGGAAGCUAUAAAGUUCCGAAAAAAAAAUACCAAUCUCGUCGUUCUCAGCGUCGUAGUGAAUCUAAAAAUAAAAUUGAUAGUUCAAAAUUAUCUCCGAGGUGUUUUGAAUAUGAAAACUCUACUUCAAAACAAAAUCACUUAAUUCCAUCACGAAAAAAUAAUUCUUCUUCUUCUUCGUCAAUUAGUUCUCAAGAUGUUACUUGGAAAGCUGCGUGUGCUUCUGCUGAGCUUUUAUUAAGUUCGUUAAAUAUUACACCAUCAUUAAAACCUUCGAAUAAAUCUAAGGUUAUUCAAAAAAAUUCUGAAAAAAAUAAAAAUGAUGUUGAAAAAGUGAAAAAUAAACAAGAAUAUGAAGAAAUCAGUGACAAUCAGGAAAAUUUGGAAAAUAAAAAAACUGAAGUGACUGAAAAUCAAAUUGAGACUUCAAAAUUCAUUCCUUUAAAUAAUGAUAGUAGUAGUGGUGGUCGUUUAAGAACAAGUAUAAAAACUGAUUCUUGGUUAAUUAAAACGCUAAAAGAUGUUUCUGAUGAAGCAAACAAUAAAAGUGUCAUAGAUAAUGCAACAAAGUUAGAUAAAGAUAAUAUCUGCAAUGAUAAAUCUGAAGAUAAAAAAGAAAUAGAAUCUUCUUUAUGGGAGAAUCUUUCUAAAAAUCCCGAUAACAACGAAAAAUCAUCGUUGCCUUUAGAAACAAACCAUACGAUUGCUGUAAUGACUCUUGUCGAUGUUGUUGAAAAAGCUACAUAUUCAGAAACAGUCAGGAGAUACUUUCAAAUGCGAAACCGUCUUCAAAGGAAUUUCAAGCGUCUGAAGAGCGAAAGAAAAGGAAAAGCACUUCGUGUUUCAUUAAUAGCGUCAACUCGCAAAAAGAAAUUCGGAAUAUUAAACAAGAGACUUCAAAAACAAGAGUCGACAAUAGAAAGUUAUCGCAAGGUCGUAAAAAAUCCAGUAUUUCUGGAAACCAUUGGAUACAAACUAAGAAAUCAUGUCUACCGUAAAGCUGACCAUGUUAUUAGAGAUUUUAGGAAAAUUGUUCAUAAUUCAAAACUUUUUUAUAAGAACAACAACGAAAGCAUGGCAAAUGUAGAAGCCUUAUCGAAAAAACUAGAGGAGCUUGUGGAAAAACAUUUCUCUCAAGUAUAGAGAAAAAAUUGAUUAUCUUUAAAACUUUUAAUGUCUACAAGCUGGUAAUUGCAUGUAAUUAAUGAAUUAAUCAAUUACUUGGUCGAUGAAUAAUUGAUUUAACCAAUGAAAAUAUAUUAUUUGUGUGAAAACCUACUUUUUUGA